GUAUCCACCAAAAGGAGAGCGAAAAUCGAGAAGGGACUGCCGAGUCCACCAGCGCCAUCAAUAAACCAGAGGCUCAAGUCUUCCACUAUCUCACCACUCUCAUUCCCUCUCUCGCUCGCUCUUGUCGCGUUACCUAUGGCGGUCGGUGUCUUGGCUUUACAGGGAUCUUUCAACGAACACAUAGCAGUGUUGAGGAGGCUGGGAGUGAAGGGAGUGGAAAUAAGGAAAGCAGAGCAGCUGGAUAGUGUGAGCUCUUUAAUCAUUCCCGGAGGAGAGAGCACCACCAUGGCCAAGCUCGCUCAGUACCAUAAUCUGUUCCCUGCUCUGCGCGAGUUUGUUAAAACGGGGAAGCCAGUUUGGGGGACCUGUGCAGGUCUUAUCUUCUUGGCAAAUAAUGCUGUUGGACAGAAAACAGGAGGACAGGAACUAAUUGGGGGCCUAGAUUGUACUGUGCAACGAAAUUUCUUUGGUAGCCAAGUAAUGUUUACUUUCAAAGUUUUGUAUUCAAGUUCAACUGUUGAAAUCCAAGAGGAGGAUGCUGUGCCUGAAAAGAAAGUUAUUGUUGCUGUGAAGCAAGGAAACUUGUUAGGGACUGCCUUCCAUCCUGAAUUGACAGCCGAUACUCGUUGGCAUAGUUACUUCUUGAAGAUGGCAAGUGAGAUGGGAGAUGGGGCAGCCUCAAGUAGUAUUGCCCCGGUUGGAGGAGAAAGUCAAAUUUCCGACCAAGAAGAGAGGAUUUACCUUCCUAUAUUUCACUAGUAACAGGGUGACAGGGAAAGAUAACUGCUAUCUUAUUUUUCAAAUACAUUUUUUCAUUAUCGACUUGUCGUUUUCUUUGCCUGAUUUUUGAUAGCUCUACAAAAAGUCAAUUUAUUCAAGGAUUCUUUUACGUUAAUUUAGUUGUUAUACAGACACAAUGAUUUGCAUCUUGUCUGGUGUAUAUAAAAUGUAGAGAGUUUGCUAAUCUGACAUUUCUUGGUUAUAAUAAUGAAGUCGAUACUUUUUUUGGGUGGUUAA